AUGGCCCUGCUCUCCGCCCUCUUGAUGCCAGCCCUUGGACAGCUAGAUCUCAACCGAUUGGAUGGCGAUACCGUCUGCCCGCCGAUGAGGAGUGGACAAGAUGACCUUCCAGGCUUCGACCUGAUCACCCAGUUCCAGCUGGACGUGGUCUCCCUGAAGGGGGUGCGGAAGGUGGAGGGCUCCACUCCCCUCCAGGUGGCCUACCGCCUCGACAAGGAGGCCAACUUCCAAAUUCCAACCAGGCUCAACUUCCCCGGAGGUUUCCCCGACGAGUACUCCUUCAUGGUGACCUUCCGCAUGAUCAAGAGCAGUGUCAACAAGGUGUGGAACGUGUGGCAGAUCGUGGACGAGGACGGCCACAAGCAGGCGGGCCUCAGGCUGAACGGCGAGCAGCAGGCCCUGGAGUACUUCCUGAUGGGCGCCGACGGGAACCUGCAGACGGUCACCUUCCCGGGCCUAUCGGUGCUCUUCAACACCAAGUGGCACAAGGUGAUGAUCGGCGUGGAGCGGGAGCAGGUCACGCUGUACGUGGACUGCAUGCCCGUGGACCGCAGGCCCAUCAAGGGGAAGGGCCCCAUCAACACCGAGGGGGACACCCUGAUCGGCCGCCUGGAGACGGACGCCGAGGCCUCUGUGGUGUUUGAGCUCCAGUGGAUGUUGAUUCACUGUGACCCAAAGAGGGCUCAGAGGGAGAGCUGCAGCGAGCUGCCCGCCACUGAGAUGUUUGCCAAUGCUGAGCCGGACAAGGGAUUCCAAGGACCCCCGGGUGCACCCGGCCCCGAGGGCCCGCGGGGGCCCCAAGGGGAGAACGGCAGAGACGGGAGGGAUGGUCUCCCCGGGACAACUGGCAAUCCCGGAGCAACUGGCCCCAAGGGGGAGCAGGGGGAGAUCGGCCUGCCGGGACAGAGGGGCCUGGGCGGCCUCCCGGGACCUGCUGCGUCCCCUGGCCCAAUGGGCCCAAGAGGGCCUGUCGGAGAAAGAGGACUUCCUGGUUUUCCUGGCAUAGCAGGACCCCCUGGGCCGGCCACAGAAGGACCAGCUGGAACCCCCGGGAAACCUGGAAUUCCGGGAGACGAGGGGAACAUCGGACCGGAGGGCACCCCAGGUACCAGGGGGAGUAAUGGCAACCCGGGUGUUCCCGGCCUUCCAGGACCACCGGGGCCUAUGGGGCCUCCUGGUGUCGGCAGCCCCGAGGGGAGUGGGGAACCUUGUCCAGCCGCUUGCCCCGCAGGACCACGAGGACUGGCAGGGCUUCCAGGCAUGAAGGGACACACAGGUAGCGAUGGGGUCCCUGGGACACCCGGCACAGACGGAGCACAAGGAGCAGACGGACUUCCCGGGGCUGCAGGUCCUCAAGGACACAUGGGCGACGACGGACAAAGAGGGCCUAUUGGAUUGUCGGGAACAGCGGGCGAAAAAGGAGAUAGAGGUCCUCCUGGUUUUAAUGGGAACGUGGGUCCGACUGGGCCGCCCGGAAAUCCCGGUGUGGAAGGUGUACGAGGACGUCAGGGUUUGGAGGGUCCUAAGGGGGAUGAGGGAGCGGUCGGGUCACCAGGCGAGCAGGGUAUCCAAGGAGACAAAGGAGAAACCGGGGAAGCCGGCAAAGAUGGCAUGGACGGUAUCCCCGGUGUGGACGGGAGCAAGGGAGAGGCUGGGGUUGCAGGAAUCGUUGGUGUCAGGGGCAUUGUUGGAAUCCCGGGCCUUCCAGGGAAACAGGGAGGGGUUGGACCCACCGGUGAGAAGGGAGAUCUGGGUGCUGAGGGAGCUGUGGGGCCAGUCGGACUAUCUGGAAAGGCGGGCGAGCAAGGAGAGCCAGGAGAGGAUGGAGAACCAGGAGCCAAGGGGGCCACAGGGGAAUCCGGGAAGCAGGGACCGCUGGGGGCAGAAGGCCCACAGGGCGUCCAGGGGGACAAAGGGGACAAGGGGGACACUGGUGCAAUGGGGAUAAAGGGCCACACUGGACUCAAAGGAGAUCAGGGGCCAAUGGGUCCAUCCGGCCAGAAAGGAAGUGAGGGAGAUAAUGGUGCUUCUGGAGAUCCCGGAAUUAAGGGCGACCAGGGGCCUCCUGGUGUUUCUGGCGUUAGGGGAGAGCUCGGGGCAAAGGGCAACCGAGGAGCGACAGGGGCCGACGGCAGGCCGGGUCAGCCAGGACACGAGGGCCAGCACGGGCCCAUCGGGCCCCGAGGCUUGGAGGGAGAGAGCGGCAUCCCCGGGGCCCCAGGACCCAGGGGCCUACCUGGUCCUAAGGUGAACGACGACAAGCUAAGAGACCUUUGCUCAGUCAUUGUUGAAGAACAACUACUAGAAUUCAGGAAAGAGAUGAUGAAGAGACCAGCAGCACUGGGCUCACCUGGUACCCCUGGACUGGUUGGCCCCCCUGGCCCCAGCGGGCCCCCAGGAGCAAAUGGAGAGCAAGGUCUCAUGGGCCUCAAAGGGCCUCCGGGCUACUUUGGACUUCCUGGUAUUCCUGGAAAGAAAGGUGAAGCCGGGACCCAGGGAGGGAAGGGAGACGCGGGAGAGAACGGCGUUGGAGUCAAGGGAAGCUCUGGAGAGCCGGGCACUCAAGGUCCAGCAGGGACUCCCGGUGUCGGGCUGGAUGGCAAGAACGGCGCCCGCGGGGAGACAGGGGCCUCCGGCACCCCAGGCUCACCGGGGCCCCGGGGGGCCACGGGCCCCACAGGACUUUGCGACCCCUCCACCUGCAUAGGCAGAUCGCCCCCACUCUACAUGCUCGCUGGAAGGAAGUCAUCCAGCUACAAAAACCAAUGA